UCCUCAUACAAUCUUCAAAUUCCUGGUGUGAUUGCUUACAUAUGUAUAAAGAAGCACCAUUCUCUGCUGAACUGAAGCUCAGUUUCUGCUUAUCAAAGUAGCUAAUAAAUGUCUUAAAACAAUGAGGCAGACAUUCAAACUCCAAUCCUUACGCUAUAAACCACUUAAUUCCCAGCUCUCCGCAUACCAAUUUUUUCACUUUUCCAGCCUCUCUAAAUCAUCUAAACCCUCCCAUUCGAAGAAAACUCAAGAAUCCCAAUUGAAAGGCCAUGCAAAAACUAAAACCAUUAAUUCACUCUUUAAAGAGAUAACUGAGAUCUUGGGUGCUGAUGUUGUGAUCCCAGAUAGAACUCCAUAUGGGUUUUUUAUACCUAGAGAAACCCAAGUGGGAGAUAACGAGAUAAGUGGAGAAUGCAAGUAUCGCGAAGAAGGUGUUUGUGGAAAUGCUAAACUGAAUAAUGGGUUGCAAAAGGAGGGGUCUUUGUUGGCUUUCGGAGAUAUAAAGGCGGGAGCUUUGAAUGAAACUGACUUUAGUGCUGUAGUUCAUGAGAUUACUGGGAUUGUUCGUGCAGAAAAUUGCACAGCUUCAAUGGAGGAAAGGCUAGAUAAAGUGGGGUUUCAGUUAGAACCAGAGAUUGUUGAGAAAGUAUUGAAGAGGUGCUAUAAAGUGCCACAUUUAGCUUAUAGAUUCUUUAAUUGGGUGAAGACGAAAGAUGGGUUUUGUCAUACAACGAAGACUUAUAAUACCAUGUUGUAUACAGCUGGGGAAGCCAGAGAGUUCUCGUUGGUGGAUGUUUUACUGGAGGAGAUGGAGAAGUACUCUUGCGAAAGGGAUAUUAAGACUUGGACUAUUCUUAUUCGACAGUAUGGGAAGGCAAAGUUGAUAGGCAAAGCCUUGUUGGUCCAUGAGAAGAUGAGAAAGUCUGGGUGUGAACCUGAUGUAGAAGUUUAUGAAGUGACGUUGCAUUCACUUUGUGAUGCUGGAAAAGGUGAAAUCGCUUUGGAAAUUUACAAGGAAAUGGUGCAAAGGGAAAUGGAACCUAACUUAAGUUUGUACAAGAUGUUAUUGAAUUGCUUGGCACAGUCAGGAGAUGUUAGUGCUGUUCAAUCGGUGGCUGAUGACAUGAUUAGGGUCUCUCAGAUUCCGGAGCAUGAUGUUCAUGUUUGUGUCCUGAAGAGCUAUUGCGUGGCUGGGAGAAUUAGAGAAGCUUUAGAAUUGAUUCGUGAUCUCAAGAAUAAAGAAAUACAGCUUGAUUAUGAAUUUUCCGAGACCUUGGUGAAAGGACUAAGCAGGGCUAAUAGGAUUGCAGAUGCUCUAGAAAUUGUUGAAAUUAUGAAGAGAAAAGAUUUUGUUGAUGGGAAGGUUUAUGGGAUCAUCAUCAAUGGGUACUUGAGGAGAAAUGAACUUUCUAAGGCACUCGAUUUGUUCCAGAGCAUGAAAGAGUUUGGACAUUUGCCUACUACUUCUACCUAUACAGAGCUAUUGCAACACCUCUUCAGAUCAAAUGAGUAUCAGAAAGGCUGCGAGCUGUAUGAUGAGAUGCUGGAAAGAGGAGUUGAGAUAGACAGUGUGGCAGUUAUGGCCAUUGUUGUAGGUCAUGUUCGCCAAGACCAUAUAUCUGAAGCAUGGGAAGUGUUUGAGACUAUGGAGGAUAAGGGAAUCAAGCCGACUUGGAAAUCUUAUUCAAUAUUUAUCAAGGAGCUUUGCAAAGUUUUGAGAACAGAUGAAAUUAUCAAGGUUUUGGGGAAAAUGCAGGCUUCCAAGAUGUUUAUUUGUGAUGAAAUAUUUGAGUGGGUUAUAUCUUGUAUGGAGAGAAAGGGAGAGAUGGACAACAUUAGAAAAGUAAAGCAGAUGCAUAGAAUCUGCAGACUUCAUUCGCUAAAUGAUGAAGUAUCUAGAAAUGAUUUGUCCAGGGAAGAGGAGCUCCAUGUUGACUCGAACUGUAAUGAAUCAGUGCAAGGAAGGGUGGAUUGGAACUCGGUGAAGCCACUUUCAAAGGCUUACGAUGAGCAGGACUUGCAAGAAGUUCUGAGGAUAUUAUCAUCCUUGGAGGAUUGGCCCAUCAUUCAAGAUGCCCUGGAGAAAUGCACCAUUCAGUUCACACCAGAACUUGUUGCCGAGACCUUACGCAAUUGCGGUAUGCAUGGAAAUGCUGCAUUGCAUUUCUUUGCGUGGGUAGGAAAGCAAAAUGGUUUUUGCCAAACUACAGAAACGUACAACAUGGCAAUGAAAGUUUCAGGUCGUGGGAAAGAUUUCAAGCACAUGAGAAGCCUCUUUUAUGAAAUGAGGAGAAGGGGCUUCUUAAUACCACCAGAUACAUGGGCAAUCAUGAUAAUGCAAUAUGGUCGAACAGGUCUAACAGAGAUUGCUCUUAAGAUAUUUGGUGAGAUGAAAGCUAGCGGUUGUAAUCCAAAUGACAGCACUUACAAGUACUUGAUAAUUUUUCUUUGUGGAAGAAAAGGAAGAAAGGUUGAUGAAGCCAUUAAAAUAUUCCGGGAGAUGAUUCGUGCUGGACAUGUCCCUGACAAAGAGCUGGUUGGAACGUAUCUCUGCUGUUUAUGUGAAGUUGGCAAAUUGUUGGAAGCCAGAAAAUCCGUAGACUCUCUUUGUAAAGCUGGUUUUACAGUUCCUGCUAGUUACUCCUUGUACAUUAGAGCGCUUUGUCGAGCAGGAAUGUUAGAAGAAGCUUUAUCAUUAGUAGACCAGGUUAGCACCGAGAAAACUACGUUGGAUCGGUAUACUCAUGCAAGCCUUGUUCAUGGCCUAUUACAGAAGGGACGACUAGAAGAGGCUUUAGCUAAGGUGGACUCUAUGAAGCAGGUAGGCAUUAAUCCAACCGUCCAUGUUUACACAUCCUUGAUAGUUCAUUUCUUCAGGGAAAAGCAGGCAUCAAAAGCGUUGGAAAUUUUCGAAAGCAUGAAACAGGAGGGUUGUGAGCCAACAAUAGUUACAUAUUCGGCAUUGAUUCGCGGUUACAUGGACACGGAAAAUGUCAUUGAAGCUUGGAACGUCUUCCAUUCUCUCAAAACGAAAGGGCCUGCGCCUGAUUUUAAGACUUAUUCAAUGUUUAUUAGCUGUCUAUGUAGGGCAGGAAAAUCUGAAGAAGCCCUACAGCUUCUGUCAGAUAUGGUGGAUAAUGGGAUUGUUCCCAGCAAUGUUAAUUUUAGAACUGUUUUCUUUGGGCUAAACAGAGAAGGCAAGCAAAGUUUAGCUCAAACUGUAUUGCAAAAGAAGUGGGCUUUAACCAGUAAACGUAAAUUUUCUUAACAUAAUAAAUCUGAUUCUCUCUUCUCUUGUGUUCA